AUGGGCACAGCAAAACCUACUUGUGAGUCCAAAACCUUCAAAUCACAAAGAAGGAAAAUGUCUUGCAAGUGCAAAUGCCUUUCACCAAGUUUUUACAAAAAUAGGAGAAACCCCCCGCCCUCACGACUAAACACAGCAUCAGGACUUGCCGCUUCCCUCUCCCGGGUCGGCAAGCGACACCCUGGCAGGCCCCGUCUCUCCCUCCCGCACGGCCCCGGCCAGGCGCACGGCCCGGACCAGGCGCAAGGGCCGGACUCCCCCAGAGCAGCUCAGGGAAGGACAAAUGAAAGCCAGCCUGAGGUCCUCCUGCUCUCGAGCGAGAAGGUCGCCUCAAGCCCAAAGGCCCAACCCCGGCCCGAGCCGUGCCUCUUGGCGUCCCCGGCACAUGACAGUCGGCCUCCCUCCCCUGCCCCUGGUCCCCUGCCCUGGCCCCCUGCCCCUCCCCCCAAACACACGUCCCAGGACCUGCCUGCCAAGCCCCCCCCCGGGCCCCGAGGGGGAAGCCCGCCCUCGCCUGGGCUCAGAGGUCGCCCUCGACGCCUGAGAGCGCUGCCCUGCUGCCUCUGGCCUGGCCCUGCCCUGCCUGCAACCCCGGCCCCGCCCUGCCCUGCCUGGCCUGCGUGCCCCCCCUGCCCGGCGCAGCCCCGCCCCCCGCUGCCCGGGGACGUGGGGCGAGCAGCCCCGCCGAGGGGUGCGCUUACCUGCGUGGCGGUGCGCCGGGGCGUGCGGGCGUGCGGGCGGCGGCCGCCCGUCACAUCCCGCGGAGGAUCGACUUCGAAUCAAAAUCCAAUCUGCGACGAACUCCUCGGGGACAGUUCGUGUCGGGGCGAGAGCAGGAGAAUGACAGGCCUGCUAACUGCUCGGAAAAAGAGUAAAGUUGUUUUUAAUCGCAAAGGGUUUCAGGGCCUGAAAGGCGCUAACAAGCUGAGAGAAGUUGUUGAGUCUGUGAAUGGUCUAGAGACUGCCAUGGUGAACCACGGGCACACUCUCUGCCUUAGUCUGUUCAAGUGA